CUCAAACUCCUGACCUCAGGUGAUCUGCCCAGUCCAUUUCUUUUGACACCUGAUCCAGUGAUUCUUCCUUUUUGUUUCUUUUUUGUUUUGUUUUAUAUAUGUUUAUGCUUGUCAUUAUUCCCUAUCUUCAUUUCUAGUAUCCUGUGGUGGUGAUUAAAAAAUAAAUCUGGGCAUCACUUUGUUACUAAAUACAGAACAAGCGUAGUUUAAAUUCUUUUAAUGUGAAUUUUUUACUCUCAGAGUCUGGAUAUUAAGUGCAGUAUAUUCCUGAGAAUAAAUGUUGCUGCUCUAAGAUGAUCUAAUGGCACCUACACACAUGGUAGACCUGUGUGUGUAGAGACACACUAGCAAGGAGAACAUACUUUCUUAGCCUUAAGUAAUUUACAAUUUAAUGGGUUAUCUUGAAGAGGAACUGCUAUGAGGUAAAUAAUGUAUAAACCAUUCCAGUUCUUCCAUUCUUUGGCAAGCUUUUGUUAUUCUGGUUACAUUUGUUUAAGAACCAUAUAACUAGUUUUAGCCUCAGUAUUAACCUUGUGAUUUUAAAGUUCCUAUUUUAUUAAUUUGUGUCAGGCUGAAUAUUACUUUUGAUAUUAACAAGACAUAAGGAAAUUAAUUAGAGAAUAUUGCCAUUAUACUAAGUAACUAUUUUUUGAUAUUGUUUUUAAUUGAAAAAUCAUAAUUGUAUACAUCUAUGGAGUUUAUUUAUUUUUACUAAUACUAUUUUUACUUGACAGCUAAUUAACUAUUAAUUAGAGGCUUUAGUGCCCUGAAGGGAUUUUGGCAUAAAGGGGAAAAUACCUGGGUUUAUGCUGUGGUGCUGACACUUACUAGCUUUGUGAUCCUAUGUAAGUAAUUUAACCUUUUUGAAGAAAUUCAUAUAUUUUUUCCUAAUAGAUACUAUGCAUUAUUUUGAAGAUUAACAUGUGCUGAAAAUUAGCAACAUAUUCUGGGUCAAUCAAUUCAGGCACUGGAGUGCCUUAUAUUAUAGUCAUACCUGUGACAUAUGGACCUUUCACCAUGUAGUAAUCAUUAUCCUGCCUAACUCACAGAGUUUUUGUAAGGUUCAGAAGAUAAUAUAUUAUUUGGAAGCACUUUGAAAAUUGUAAAAAAAACAAAAUCUGUCCAGUUGUAUGGAAUUAUUAACUAUCUUUUCUUUCCCCUUAUUCUUCUACUCCCCACUUUCUUACUGUCUACCCUUAAAUGUAAGGGCGAAAAAGAAAUCCAGUAGUCAGUAGCAAUAAGAUUGCAAAGUUUUUUAUAGUGGAGUAUAGUUUUAAUCGUCAGUAAAAGUAGAAAUCUCUGGGGAGCUUCUUCAGCUCCAGCAGCACUUUGAUUGUUCCGUGUCUGUACCACACAAUUUUAUACUCUUGUAUACUAUUUCUAUGUAUAAAUGUUUAGCUAAGUAGCUAAAUAUUUAUUUAAUUUUUGCCUCCUCCCCAACCCUCACUUUUGGAACACCUAGAAACUAUUCAAUAAGUAAUUGUUUUAUGAAUGAAUCUCCCUAAUUUGAUUAUAAUGAGCUACAAGCUCUUCUGUUGCUGUAUAAUGUCCCUGUUGUCCUUAGAAAAAUAAUGGGUUUACAGUAACCUGGUAAUAAAUACACUUGCUAGCUUGACCUGGGAACUCUCAGGAGCAUAGCAGCCUUUGGAUUUACAGCCGUAUUACCUGACGCCCCCCACCCAAUUUUUUUUUUUUUUUUUUUUUUUUUUUUUUUUUAGUAGGGGAACACUUAUUACUGUUCUGAGCAACACAAUUUGAGAAACACUGCCUAGGGUGUGUAUUGCUGAUGUUGCUGGGCCAGUUCCAGCUGCCCCAGGGUUGCUCUUGCUUGCUUUCAAUAGCGGUCAGACAGGAUGUACUGCGGAAUAGCAGUUAGUGAAUCAUGGUAUUAGAACCAGAAAGAACUUCUGAGAAUUUUUUACAGUAGGCCAGUCUCUUCAUUUUUCAGCUGAAGACUGAAGGAACUUUACUAAAGGGAUUGGUAGAUGGACACCGACUUCUCCACAAUUGUUUUAGGACACAUUUUGAGUCACUGACAUGAGCCUGCGCUCUCCUCACCUGCGUACCUUAUCUAUACUCAAGGCUGACUGUUUCACCAAAUUAAUUUUACGUAAAUCCCAAAAAUCAUUAUUGUUUCAAGAAGCUUUUCAUAAAUAAGGAUGAGAAAGCUGCUUUAUGUCUUACUACUUAAUAACAAGCCAUCUAUGCUGAGACAAUCAAUUAAAAUCCCUGACUCAGUAAGAAAAUAAUUGCUACAAUUCAUAGAGUGUCUAUUAUAUGCUGAGCAUGCUACAAACCUACAGUUGUCAGGGUUUUUAUUAAGUUUAUUUUUCUCUUUUACCCUUAUUUACAUUAAAGGACUAGUGUCAGGGUUUUUUAAUAUCCCCAUUUUAUAAAUUAGGAAAUUGAAGUUCAGAUAGAUAAUUUGGCAGAGGUGACACAUCCAAAUUAGUCGUGGGAAAGAAAUUUGAAUGACACACACUGACUCCAGAGUUAUUGCUCUUUCUGCUACAAAUAACCUGUGCCAGAUGUCAUGCUUCAGGAAGAAGAGGAAGUGGUAAAAUAUGUUCACUGCCCAGAGUUCACAGUAUAUAGACGGAGUGAUGAGCCACAAAUACAAGUAACAAUAGUGGAAAGAAAAUAGAAUCAGUGCCAUAACAGCAUGAGAGGUAUCAGCAGGGUAUCAGCAACAGCUGUAUGAAUAAAGUAUCAUUUGAAGUGUUUGUUUUGUUUUGUUUUGAGAUAGAGUCUCACUUUGUCACCCAGGCUGGAGUGCAGUGGUGCCAUCUCGGCUCACUGCAACCUUUGCCUCCUUGGUUCAAGUGAUUCUCCUGCCUCAGCCUCCCGAGUAGCUGGGAUUACAGGCACCUGUCACCACGCCCAGCUAAUUUCUGUAUAUUUAGUAGAGACAGGGUUUCACCAUGUUGGCCAGGCUGAGUUCUUGAACUCCUGACCUCAAGUGAUCCCCCCGCCUCGCCCACCCAAAGUGCUGGGAUUACAGGUGUGAGCCACCGUGCCCGACCUGAAGUGGAUCUUGAAGAACUUGGGUGGGCAGAGGUAGCUGUUCAGGUAGAUUAGGGGUAGAUGUUGGCAGAGCCAUGAAUUCCAGGCUUAGUUCAUUGGACUAUCACUUUUUAAUCAGAAGCGAUAAAAUCAUAAUGUGAAUGGAGAGAAAAUGGCAGUGGGAAUACCCAUUAGGAGACUAUUAUAUUAGGCAGGUGAGAGAUACAGAAGACCUGAAGUUAGGGUUGUGACUCUGGGUACAGGAAAGCGGCUGUAUCUCCAUGUUUGGGAGAGAUUUGGGGUUCUAGUAGGCAGAAUCUCUAUGACAUCUUUACUGGAUAAAUCUAAGAGUAGGUUUAAGGAGGAAUGGGAAAAGAGGAAGUAGAUAAGACUUCAGGAUUUUCAGCCAGGGCAUGGGAAUGACCAGAUGCCUUAAAUUUCACAUAUCAGGUACCACUUUAAAUAUUAGGUCUUAAUUCUCAGCUCCUUAGGUUUAUCUCUGUUAUAAUAUUGAUUCAGAACGUUAGGGUGACUGGGAGAAUGAUUGAUAUAUUUGGUGUUUCUAAGGAUUAUUUGCAUUUCAGAAGAGGUGUUUGGAUCAAAUUUUGUCCAAUAAGUAAUAAUCUGUACAGUAGGGAAGCUGUUGUCUAAUCCUAGGGAUUAUUUGUGUUUUCUAUCCUGCUCUUUAAGGAGUAAAAUAAUACGUAGAAUUAUUCUUUAGUUGCUCAUGCAUUGUUUGCCAGGUGACUUAUCCCAGCCAAAUCUUUCAUACUAAAAGAGUAUAAAACAUUUGUUUUAUUUUCCCUCAUCAUAAUUUUUUUUUUUUUGAGACAGGGUCUUGCUCUGUCACCCAGGCUGCAGUGCAUAGCUUACUGUGGCCUUGAACUCAUGGACUUGAGUGAGCCUCCUGCCUUAGCCUACCGAGUAGCUGGGACUACAGGUGCAUGCCACCUUGGCUGGCUAAUUUUUAAAUUUUUCUUUUCUUUCUUUUUUUUUUUUUUUAGACAGAGUCUUGCUCUGUCGCCCAGCUUGGAGUGCAAUGGCGCGAUCUCACUGACUGAAACCUCCUCCUCCCAGGUUCAAGUGAUUCUCCUGCCUCAGCCUCCUGAGUAGCUGGGAUUACAGGCAUGUACCACCAUGCCUGGCUAAUUUUUGUGUUUUUAGUAGAGAUGGGGUUUCACCAGGUUGGCCAGGCUGGUCUCGAACUCCUGACCUGGGGUAAUUCACCUGCCUCGGCCUCCUGAAGUGCUGGGAUUACAGGUGUGAGCCACCGCGCCCAGCCUAAAAUUUUUUUUUUUGUGUGGAGAUGAGAUCUCUGUUGCUCAGGCUGGUCUUGAACUCCUGGGCUCAAGCAAUCCUACUGCCUCAGCCUCCCAAAAUGCUGGGAUUACAGAACUCAAGACAUGGCUGCCCAGUGUGUCACAAAGGUGGCGCUGAAUGUUUCCUGUGCCAAUCUUUUGGAUAAAGAUGUAGGAUCAAAGUCAGACCCUUUAUGUGUGUUAUUUUUGAAUACAAGUGGUCAACAGUGGUAUGAGGUUGAGCGCACAGAAAGGAUUAAGAAUUGCUUGAAUCCCCAAUUUUCCAAGACAUUUAUUAUUGAUUACUACUUUGAAGUGGUUCAGAAAUUGAAAUUUGGGGUUUAUGACAUCGACAACAAAACUAUUGACCUGAGUGAUGAUGACUUCUUAGGGGAAUGUGAAUGUACCCUUGGACAAAUUGUUUCCAGCAAGAAGCUAACUCGACCACUGGUGAUGAAAAAUGGCAGACCUGCAGGAAAAGGGAGCAUUACGAUUUCAGCUGAAGAAAUAAAAGAUAAUAGAGUGGUCUUGUUUGAAAUGGAAGCCAGAAAACUGGAUAAUAAGGAUCUAUUUGGAAAGUCAGACCCAUACCUGGAAUUCCACAAGCAGACAUCUGAUGGAAACUGGCUAAUGGUUCAUCGGACAGAGGUUGUUAAAAACAACUUGAAUCCUGUUUGGAGGCCUUUCAAGAUCUCUCUUAACUCCCUGUGUUAUGGAGAUAUGGACAAAACCAUUAAGGUGGAGUGUUAUGAUUAUGACAAUGAUGGGUCACAUGAUCUCAUUGGAACAUUUCAAACCACCAUGACAAAACUGAAAGAAGCCUCCAGAAGCUCACCUGUUGAAUUUGAAUGCAUAAAUGAGAAAAAAAGGCAAAAGAAAAAAAGCUACAAGAAUUCAGGUGUUAUCAGUGUGAAACAGUGUGAGAUUACAGUAGAAUGCACAUUCCUUGACUAUAUAAUGGGAGGAUGUCAGCUGAAUUUUACUGUGGGAGUGGACUUCACUGGCUCCAAUGGUGACCCAAGGUCUCCAGACUCCCUUCAUUACAUCAGCCCCAAUGGCGUUAAUGAGUAUUUGACUGCUCUCUGGUCUGUGGGACUGGUCAUUCAAGAUUAUGAUGCUGAUAAGAUGUUUCCAGCUUUUGGUUUUGGAGCUCAGAUACCUCCUCAGUGGCAGGUAUCACAUGAAUUUCCAAUGAACUUCAACCCAUCCAAUCCCUACUGCAAUGGAAUCCAAGGCAUUGUAGAGGCGUAUCGGUCUUGUCUUCCUCAGAUAAAACUCUAUGGACCAACUAAUUUUUCUCCAAUCAUAAAUCACGUGGCCAGGUUUGCUGCUGCAGCCACACAGCAGCAGACAGCUUCUCAAUAUUUUGUGCUUUUGAUUAUUACUGAUGGUGUGAUCACAGACCUUGAUGAAACCAGACAAGCUAUAGUUAAUGCCUCCAGGCUGCCUAUGUCCAUCAUAAUUGUUGGAGUUGGAGGUGCUGACUUUAGCGCCAUGGAGUUUCUGGAUGGUGAUGGUGGAAGUCUCCGCUCCCCAUCGGGCGAAGUGGCCAUCAGAGAUAUUGUCCAGUUUGUGCCUUUCAGACAGUUCCAGAAUGCUCCAAAAGAAGCACUUGCUCAGUGUGUCUUGGCAGAGAUUCCCCAGCAGGUGGUGGGCUACUUCAAUACAUACAAACUCCUUCCUCCCAAGAACCCAGCCACAAAACAACAGAAGCAGUGACCACUUCAACAGAAUUCUUUUGUGUUAUGUGGAGCAAUGCCAUCUCUCACCCCAAAUCAUGUAUUUGUCGUUCUAUGUACUUUUUACCCCCAGCAUUUAUGAUGUAAAUCUCUUUCUCUAUGGAUUAUAUCUGUUUAAAGCAUUCUUUCUAGGUUCUUUUGGGGGGACAGUGCCAAGUCCAUCUUUGCCCAAUCAAUUCAGUGAUUGAUAGCGAUUUACAUUAAUUGCAGUAAAGCUCUUUGGAUUAGAAUUAGUGUGGGGAAAGCUUAUUUUGUUGUUGUUUUUGUUUACUUUCAUAUGAUGAAAAUGCUGUUUUUAAGUGUUUGUCAAUAGGAAGAAUGGAAAACUGUUGGGAUGAUGUGGUUUGCAGGUUGCUGUGCCUGAUUCACAGUGUAUGUUGUAUAAGCCAAUGUCCAUACCUGAUUAUGAGAGCUUCUUAAAUUAUAUGAUAUCAAAUUUGUUCCUGUAACUCUGUAUACAGUGCUUUCUGCAAGGUAAAAAUUACCUUUCUGUGCAUCUGAUUUUUGCUGCAGUUUAGACACUGUGGUUUACAAAACAGCAUACACUCAACUUGGGACUUUAUGAAAAGUACUGAAUGAGCAGGAAAAGGCACAUACUCAGUUUUUUAAAUGUACAAUCAACAAGUAAAAAUAACCUCAUGUAAGUAAGCCAUUUUUAUUUGCCUUUCUAGAUAUUUUAUUUUAUUGUGGAAAACUGUAAACAUGGUCAGAUUUGGCUUUUUUUUUUCAUUAACUGAGCAAGACUUUCAGGAUGUUGUAGAUGCACAGAUGGUAGGUUGUCCUGAAUUCUACAUUAUUAGAUUACUUUAAUUGAGAUUUGUUAAAAUAGUUAGGACUGUUUUGUCCAGGAAAGAUAAGAGGACCAAACAUAUAAGGUGAAAUUCAGAAUUCCAUUUCCUUCUAACUAAUGAAAAACUGCUUACUAAAAAAAAAAUUUUAUACUUUCCUUGCUAAGGUCCCAUACAUUGAUUUGUACAGAUCCACUUAGUCAUUUUCUCCUUUUUUUAAGUACCAUUUUCAUCUGAUUUUUAAACUCACGAUACCAGUUAUCUGUUAAUCAAAAUUGCAUUUUACAAUUUAAUAAUAUGCUAUUUCCUAUGUCUACAGCAUACUUUAUUAAGUAUAAAACCUACUGCAACAUAGAAAAAGGAAAGAAAAAAGAAAACUUUUCCAACUGCUACAUUAAGAUAGGGUGGAUUUUAUGUGCUUUUUUUUUUUUUAAGAGUUGAAUUUCUUUUCCUGACUUUUACAUUUUACAGCAUAUUACUUAGUGAACAUUACAUUUUCAGAAUAGAUCCUAAUAUUUUAUUGAGGGCCUAUGUGCUAAAAACUAUGCAUAUCUAUAUAUUGGCCAAUUAUCUUUAAUAAUUUACCUUUUGAAAUUGCAUGGUUAUCAUAUAUCCUUAAAUGGACACAUACAGUGCCACGUUGAUGUGCCUCUCAGUUUUAUUGAAAAGCUUCCCCACAGCCCAUGUCUCUUGUUCUCUGCAGUGCCUCAGGGGAGUGAGCUCUCAACCACAGAUAGCUGUGGCUUCUCAGAAGCAGGUCAUUGCCAAGGCCAGGCUGAGAGGGGACCUGCUUGCUGUGGUGGUUGCCUAGCCCAGGUGAGCAUUUACCUACCACCUUCCCGCUUGGCGAGCUGUCCUUUGGAUAUGUGCUGUUAACUGGGGAAGGCACCUAACUAGUAGCCUGCUACUCCAUAGUAUGGCUCAAUAGAUGACACAUCAUUUUGACAUUAUCAAUAGGAGAAAAGAAAACUAACCCUUCUUCUGAUUGUUUGAAGCCAUAGUUGUCUCAGAUGUUCUAAUUCUCUUUGUGUGCUUGGAAACAGCAUAGAUACGUUGCUGUGGUUUUCAGAAUUUUCUCUUUUAAUCACAAGAAGCCUUUUAAAAAAUGACUUACACAUAUUCUCAAUGUACAGUAAAACAGACAGAAGUGAGCUUAUCUGUUUGAUGCUGUGGCAGGGUCCCAGUCACUGGGCGUAUCCUCCUUCUCCUUAACCAGCUCCUCGCAGCCCCUGAGUCACCUACACAAGGUACUUGGGAACUGCUGGUCAUGAGCAUUCCUAGUUUUCUUCAGCCAAAUAACGGUUAAUCACUGUCAAUUGGAUUUGGUCUUCAUUAUUUUAUACUCUGAUUUUAUCAGAAUUAUUCUAUUUUAAAAUUGUUUUAAAAUUUAAAAACUUUUAAUUCAUGAUCAUGUUCAUCAGUAGAUGCUAUUAUUCACAAGAACUGUGAUUCCAGCAAACUAGGGUAAUUGGUGCCUUUUUACAGUUUUGAAUAAAAGCAUUUACAAUUUCUAAAUUAUCAGUUUUCACAGUUUCAGCACUCAACCUCAUCACACGCUGAUUUAAUAUUGUUUUAUAUUAAAAUAGUCCUUUUCCCUGUUGUGCCACCAUUAAUUGAAGUGCUAUUUGUUCUUAAAAUGCAUUUAAAGAAAAAUUACCCAUAUUGACUUUUACACUUCAUAUAAUCAGAUCUAUUACAAAUAUAUAUUGGAGUGAGGGUGCCCAGGAGAGAUGUAAUAUUUCUUACAGAUGCUGGGACAGAGGAAAUAAUAUACCAGCUAAUCUAGUCACCUAACCUUGUGGUUAGAAUUGAAAUUUUAAUACCAGAAAAAUUUGAAGUCUGAUCAGAGAUUUACAACUGUUCAUUAUAGUGCUGCCUUAGGCAAUCUUUCCAAAGUAAAUUCAGGGCCCCAUUGCUACUUAUGCUAUAUUUUGACAUACCUUUUUUUUUUUUUUUCAAUUUUGUAAACUUCCUGGAAAGCUGUCUUCACUAAGUAUCCCCUAGCCUCUAUAUGUGUGGUUAGUAGUCAUGGAAAUGACAUAUAAAGUACGCCAGGAGUUUGAUGGAACGUGUUAGAAACUGUUUUGUGCUUUUAUGGAUGUCAUACUUGACAAUAUAUGUAUAAGUUACUAAUAUAUGAAUUGAUGCUAAAUAUAUCUUACAUUCGAAUUCCUUUUGGAUAAAGUUAUUUCUUGAUGUGACACAGUAGUGUCUUGUUUUCAUUUUUAUUCUUUACAUGUGACCAAAACAAUAGAAAAGUUAAAAAUAAAAUAUAGUGUUUUAGGUG